CUUCACGUUCUUCUCGCAAUAAAAUCACGGCUCCUAGUCCACACACACGAAAGAAAUGCAUGAAGACGAGGCCGUAACAUAUCGCCAGCGUGUUUUGACGUGCGAUGAGUAGCAACAAAGAAGUUCUGCUGGUCCUCUUAUCAUUGAUUGCAUUGAUAGGCAAAUCCGAGCAUGCUGGUUUGGUCAGCGAAGUCCAUGGGCGGCAUUUACACGCCGAGGACACGUCAAGCAGCCCCAGCAGCUUGUUAGAGGCGUGCUACAACAAGCAGUAUGACCCGACCCCAACAACCUUCGAGUCGUUCAUGUCGGGCGUGCCAGUCAGCUUCCGGCUGCGGCGAGUAUGGUGGAGCGCCAAGACGAGCCCCUUCCCCGUCACCAUCUUUACCACCGCCACGCUUGACCGUUUGGACAUGCUGGAGACCCAGUGCAAGAGCUACCCGGGGGGCCCGCACGCCGCGGCGGUCUACGUGCCGCUGGUUCAGGAGCAUGGCGGCGAGCUCACCAUCCCCAACGAGCAGCUGAUUGCCCUCGCCGAGUCACGCGUCCAGGCGCUUUUCGAUCGCAUGGAGGGCAUUGUCAACGCCUGCCACAUGCACGUGCUCCUGCUGUACGAAGUCACCUCCGACCCGGCGCUGGCGCACCUCACGCCCAUCAACGGCCUGCGCAACGCGGCGCUGCUGGCCGUGCGCACGCCGCUAUUAGUCAUGGUGGACGUGGACCUGUGCGUCAGCGCCAGCUUAGUAAGGUUCCUGUCGGAGCCGUCCAAUGGGGACAAGCUGGUGGCGAGCUCGUCCAACACGUUCUGGGUCCUGCCGGCAUGGGACGUGAGCGCGGGGCUGAGCCGCGUGGAGAUUGACCACAUAGCCGAGUCGGCGCUGGCAGGCGACAAGAUGACCCUGGCCAAGCUGUGGGCGAGCGGGCGGCUGCACUGGUUCGGCCAGCUCUACUUCCAGCUGGGGCACGCACCUACAAACUACACACGGUGGCUGCUUUCUCGGAAGUCGUACCUCAUCGACUACAGCAUCGGUUACGAGCCAUGGGGCAUCCUCAGCCGCGACCGGCAGGUGGUGGUGCCGUACGACGCACGCUUCCGCGGCUGCUACAACGACAAAAUCACGCAGGUGGUGACGCUGCACCACUCGCGCAUCCUGUUCCGCGCGCUGCCCAAUGCCUGGGUGGUGCACCGCCCCCACACACUCAACCCGGCGGCGGGCAUCGCCAAGAACCGCACCGGCAGCACCACAUCGCUGACGGGGGUGGGCUCGCUAUCUGAGGUGGUUAGCAUGUACGGCAAGAACGCGUCCAAGUUCGAGCACCACAAGGACUGGUCGCACGUGCUGCUUGACGAUUCCAUCGUGCGCAUGCUGGCGGCGCGGUACCGGCCGUUCCCGGGGCGAGCGUACGCAUACUGCCGGUCUGUGCUGCCGUGGAUGGAGAACCUGAAGAGGCAAAACCUCAUUAGCGGCGAUGGCACGAGGAGGAGGAGGUUAAGAGGCCGGUAGCGGCUUGGGAUUCGGGAGUAGGGGUUAUGUAUGAUGUACAGUGCUUCGUAUGGUGAAGGCUAACUCGUGCGGCGCAGACGCACUGCCGUGUGUGGCUAGUGUACAUUCGUACAGAACAGGGUAGCGUAGGCAGUAGCGUGUGGUGAGCUUGCGGCUUAGGCUCAGCUGCUCCAGGGGAGGCUGGCACGUUUGUAGCCAGGUCUGCAGCAGCUAGCAGGUGUGCAUACAACAGGUCAUCCCCGUCGAGACAGGCUUUAGGGCGGGUGUCUUACCCAGCUAGGUUUCGUCUGUUAUAAUGACACGCAGGACGUGAGGGUUUCGUGCGCGAUGACGCGAUGUGUAGGGCCGGGUACCACCUGAGUCGUACCUAGGCAUUAGGAAGGAUGCGAAUUACAAUUGAAGGGACAGUCCGACAAGCGGGGGCACACCGUACCCACGCCGCAUUAGCUCCGUAGUCCGUACCGUAUCACAUUUGAGUGGGGCGAGUGGGGCGCGUGCUUACGCCCCUGGCACUUCAUGGCGGCAGGCCGUCUGGACGGACGGAAAUGCAAGUUGUGG